UCGUUCCCUUUCUCUCCGACGCCGACUCUCCCUCUCUGAGCUCUCUCGCCUCUCCAACGCAGACUCUCCCUCUCUGAGCUCUCUCGCCUCUCGGUCUCCGUCUCUCCUACUUCUCUUGUUCUCUUCUCCGGCGAAUCUCCGCCUGUGCUCUGCGCUUCUCCGGCGAAUCUUCGCAUGUGCUCUUCUCCGACGCCGACUCUCCCUCUCUCGCCUCUCGGUCUUCGUCUCUUCUACUUCUCGUUCUCUUCUCCGGCGAAUCUCCGUUGGUGGUGGACUUGCUGGCUGCUGCAUACUGGAAGGCCGAUUGCAGUUGCCUGAGGACAACCGGCUGCUUUAUCAAACAGCCAAAGCCAAAGGUUCUUCGAAUCCAAGUAGGGAAGUGAAGAUGUCUGGUCCGGAAGCUAAUGGAGACGAGCCCAAGUUUAAAUGGGGUAAAAAGAGUCACACUGGCCGGGUUGCGGAGAAGCCUGCAUACUUCUAUGAGUCGUUCACUUACGAUGGAAUAGAAUACUUUCUCUAUGACUCUGUAUACCUGCAUGCAGCAAACGAACCUGAACCUUAUAUAGGGAAACUGUUGAAAGCCUGGGAGUAUGGCGAUCCUGCAAUGAAGAGAAUCAAGGUCUUAUGGUUUUUCCGUCCCAUUGAACUUCAAAACUGGCUUGGGGAUCAUCAGCCACAGAAAAAUGAAUUGUUUCUGGCAUCUGGUGAAGGCGUUGGGCUUGCUAACAUUAAUCCUUUGGAAGCCCUGGUUGGCAAAUGCAGUGUUAUCUGCACAUCAAAGGACAAGCGCAACCAUCCACCUUCUGAGCUUGAGCUGAAAGAAGCAGACUACAUUUUUUACCGUGUGUUUGAUGUUUCCAGUUAUACGAUAUCUGAGAAUAUUGCGGACAAGAUAGGAGGUGUCAAAGUUAAUCUCUUAUUUAAUAGGAGAGGACAUAGAGGCCCUAGUGCUUUUCUGAAGGUUGAUGCCAAUGGAGGAGUCAAGGUGCAGCAAACAGUUGUGGGUAAUAUGGUUGAGGAAGCGACAUUGAGUAUGUCAAAAGAAGGGGAAACAGAUAAUAAAGGACCGGCACUUCCAAAGGAAAGCCGUGAUAAACUAUCUGUGGAACCACUGCAAAGUACAUUGGAAGUUUUGAGAAUGAAUCAUUUGCCUACGACUGACAACAAUAAGCAGAGCGAUGCUGAUGUAAAUUCAGCAAACAAAUCCACAUCUAUGGUCAGACAUGGAAAUUUUCAGGACGAAAUGAAGGCUGUCAAAAGGUCAAGGGUGCUUUCCAGUGAGAAUGCAUUAGAAACUGGUGAUUCUGUGAAUGAACCAGCUUCUGCAGAUCUCGGAUCUUCAGAAAAUAGAAUUUCUAAGAAGAUGAAACUGGAUGAUGUCCCUAUUCAAUUGAUUGAAUCUCUGACUGAACUAAUUCCUGACAAGGAGAAUACUUGUGUUGUAAUCGAAAAAUCAAAACAUGAUCUUAAUGAGGAUGAAAAGAAGACUUCUCAUCAUGUAUGUGAAGAUGUGCAAGCAAAAAUUGUAAAAGGUUCUAAUAGCAAAGACAAAAUGGUCAGCCAAUUGGUGAAGCCCAGUGAGCAGCUAACUCUAUGUCCUGAAGAAUUGAAACCAAAGAAGCCUGUUGCUCAAUCUUCUGAAAACAAUGUGCAACCAAGAACUGGAAAAGAUUCUAAACUGGAAGACACAAUUGCAAGAAAAUUGGUAAAGUCCACUAAAGUGGUAUCUUCUGAAGAAUUGAAGUCUGAAGUACCUUCUGCAAAGGUUUUUGACAAGGCUAGUAAAUUUGAUGAUCGUGAAGUUGCUAGAAAGGUUGACACUGACAGAAGUAAAUGGUUCAAAGAGCUUACAUGGGAAGAGCAGAUGCAGAAAGCUCAGGAACAUGGAAAACUGGUCUUGCUUAGUAAUCUGGAUCCAUCUUACAAUUCAGCAGAAGUAGAGGAAAUAAUCUGGAGUGGUUUUCGAGAAAAAUGCAAAGCCAAAGUUUUACAGUUUACUUCAUUUUCCAGCCCCCAUUGUGGUCAAGCAUUUGUCAUCUUCAUGACAAGGGAAGCUGCAGAACUAGUCAUUAAAAGGCUUAAUGAGGGAUGCUUCAUGUUGUCAAGUGGAAGACCACUUGUUGCUGCUAAAAGAGCUCCUCUUUUGAAAGAGAACUCGACAAAAUUUGUUGGCCAUCUUUCUAUCGACAAACAAAGAGUCAUAAAUAAGGAAGAAUGGAAAAGAGCUGUCUUUACUUCUCAUUGUUCCCAACCAAACACGAUCGAGUAUGAAAUGGCCUUGGAAUGGAAGUUGCUGCAAGAGCAAUUUGGUCGGUGUUGGAAGGAGUUAUACGAGCAACAAGGCAAGGAGCUGAAAGGUCUCAAGUGCCGUUUGAAGAAAGAGUAAUCUCUAUCCAUGCAUUAUUCAUAUUUCUUCAAAUGAUCAGAUUUGGCAGCGAGAAGCUGAAUCUUUGUGUAGAUGACCUGAAAUUAACUAGAAUGUGCUCGUCCUUUUGGAAGCUAAGCCUUUGAUGUGCUAACUGCUAAGUGAAACUGCAACCCUUAAGGGGCAUCAAGUGGCAUGGGGCUUUGUAUUUGCUAUCAUAAUCUUGUACAGCUAAGUCCAUAUUCCUCUUUUUUCGGCUCAACUUUUCCUUAUAUGUUGUUAGCAUCCCAUGUCAAACAUCACAUAUGAGUCCAAGAAGCUCUGCAAUGAAAAGUCAAAAUCACUUUUCCGACAUAACUUGUUCUGCACUCAUUUAACUGAUUCUUAUUUCUUUGAGACGUAAAUGCCAUGACAGCAAGGGACACAGUUCCAGACCAUGAAUCUCAUAAGUUUCACAUGUAACUCAGAAGAUGUCAAACCUUUCUCUGAUAACUUGGCAAGUCUUGCUUUGGAAUACCCAACAAUGCUGAAACAAAACAGCACUACUGCUAAUUUAUGGACUAGCUCCAGCAGCAGUAGUUUUGACAGCUUAAGCCGGCACUAUUUUAUUCUUGGCAGGUUUAGCAUUUUAAAAGAGCACUACUGCUAAUUUGAAAAGGAUUAAUUCUGGUAAGGAACUGAAUUCUUUUGCCUCUUGCUGAGCAUGUUGAAAGAGCACUGCUUCCGUUUUUUGAACAGGACUAGUUCUGGUGAGGAACUGAACUAUUUUGCCUCUUGAUGAGUAAUGCGUAAUACUAUUGUGCAGCGGGAGAACUUCCGAAAUUAAGAGGUCUGUUGAUAAAGGCAACCAUCGCUAAUCUUCGAUCUGAGCCUGUGCUAGAAUAGUAGCAGAGGCUCCCCCGGAUGGACUCUAUAUACAUCCUUUAGAAAGCCUUCUUGCAACUUUCUGCAUGGACAGGGAAGUGCAACCGAGUCCUUCUCUUUGUUUUUUGUUGUUUUGUUUUUUUGGUGAGCUAUGUUCAUUACUAAAAUUGGGGAUUCUUGUGGAAUUUUUUAUGACUUUCUUUGGAAAGGACUAAUUCUGGUUAGGAGCUGAA